CCUUCACAAAGGCAAAUUGAAGAAGAACCUAAGAUCAUAGCCCAAGGCAAGGGAGAAUUAAUGUGCAUCGUUUUAGAAAUCCAAAUCCUUCAGUAAUUCUCACGGGCUAACUGUAUAUAUGACAUGCGUUGUGGAACACCUGUAAAUAAGGAGCAGUUUAUUAUUUAUUAAAAAAUGAAGAAAUAUCCAAUUGCUUUGUAGAUGUCGGCCAGUGUAUGCAAACCUCAAAAUCUCUGCAGAAAUAGAAAUUCAGAAAUAGAAAUUAAUCUUUGGAAUGUCUUGUUUGCUUGAAAAUAAAAAGAGCGAUGACACUUUUUUUUUUUCCAAAAUCGGAUUCUGCGCAAUUCCUCAGUAGCCGCCAUGAAUCUGUGUCGGCAAGAAGGGAGGCCUGUGAGCUGUUGAAUUCGCUUCUCUAUUCUGGGAAGCUAGAUGAAAUCUGACUUUAUUAGACAAUAGGUUCUGCUUUAAAUUUUAUUUCGAGGCGUGGUUUAGAUACUGUCGAAAUUAAUUUACAGACUUACGAGUAGACGUAAAAUAUAAUUCGACAUCCAUUUAUGUAAAUACUCAAUUUCCCAGAUGAGAUUAAGUUUACAGCAUCAUUUAAAAAGACAAAAAGAACACACUUGAUUGACAAACGAAAUUACCUGGAUUGCGAGUUCUCGCGCUAGGGUUAGCUGCAGCUGGUACCCUGACGUCACAGGUUGCCAUGGUAGCACCAGCCCGAAGGAAGAGGGGUGGAGCUAAGCACUCACUGCGGUGCUGCGCUGCGCUGAGCUGCGUCUGCAGAGGACAAGGAAAGCUCCUCUGCAGGGCUGUCAGCUGCCAAAAUGAACGACGUGGAAGGGGACAACGAGCUACCUCUCGCUAACACCACGACCCCCGCCCAUGCCUCCGAAGACCUGGAUCUGAAGCAGGACCAGGGCCUUCACGAGGAAAGCGACACGGCGCGGGAGAUGGAGGCUGCAGGUGAGGCCGGUGCGGAGGGAAGCGCGCCCCCGGAUUCCGAGCACUGCGACCCCGAGCUCUGCCUCCGAGUGGCUGAGAAUAGCUGUGCUGCGGCUGCGGUAGCUGCAGCGGGAGAGGGGCUGGAGGAUGCUCCGACUCCAUCAAAGGGCGGGGACGCGCCCUCAGCCCCUGUGGCCACCGCCGCCAGCAGUAAAAAUGGCUGUCAGCUUGAAGGGCCGCGCAGCCCUGCUAAGCCAAAAGUUCCGGGAGCCUGUGGUGCGAUGGGCCUGGCGGCUCAGAUGCUGCCGGGGCUGAAGAAGACCAGAGAAAUGACGACUACCAAGUGCGCCAUCUCUGUGGCCAUGGGCAAGGAGGGAGAAGCAGGAGCAGCGAUGCCGGAAAAGAAAGGGAUACCGAAGGAAAAAAAGGUAGCAGGAGCAGGGAGAGAGGAGACUCGUCCCAGAGCCCCGAAAAUCAAUUGCAUGGACUCGCUGGAGGCCAUCGAUCAAGAGCUGUCAAACGUAAAUGCUCAGGCCGACCGGGCCUUCCUCCAGCUGGAACGCAAAUUUGGGCGGAUGAGGAGGCUCCACAUGCAGCGCAGAAGUUUCAUCAUCCAAAACAUCCCAGGUUUCUGGGUCACGGCUUUUCGGAACCACCCCCAGCUGUCACCAAUGAUCAGUGGCCAAGAUGAAGACAUGAUGAGGUACAUGAUCAAUUUAGAGGUGGAGGAACUUAAGCAUCCAAGAGUAGGCUGCAAAUUUAAGUUCAUCUUCCAAAGCAACCCCUAUUUUCGAAAUGAGGGGCUGGUCAAAGAAUAUGAGCGCAGAUCCUCAGGUCGAGUGGUGUCGCUCUCUACGCCAAUCCGCUGGCACAGGGGCCAGGAACCCCAGGCCCAUAUCCACAGGAAUAGAGAGGGGAACACGAUUCCCAGUUUCUUCAACUGGUUCUCAGACCACAGCCUCCUAGAAUUCGACAGAAUAGCCGAAAUUAUCAAAGGCGAGCUGUGGUCCAAUCCCCUACAAUACUAUCUGAUGGGCGAUGGGCCACGAAGAGGAGUUCGAGCCCCACCAAGGCAGCCGGUGGAGAGUCCCAGGUCCUUCAGGUUCCAGUCUGGCUAAGCUCCACCCUCGUGAGAAGCUCUUGCAGAAGAGUCCUUACCACCUCCUCAGCUUGGCCAGCUGCAUGCCGCCUGCUUUCCUCUUCCUGUUGGAUUUGUGUCCUUUGGUUCUUCUAAGUCUUCAGUAUAGUCUCAAGAUUGUGUCUUUCAAGUCUUUGCUCUUCUUUCUCUGGGCCAUCACGGUGUUCUGCAGAGUGUUAAUGGUGUUCCAGGUGCAUGGCCUUCGAACCGCUUCUACGCCAAGCUCACAUGCUGUAGUUUGUACUGCCUUCCUUUGCAUGGCUUGGUUCCUGUCUGUGACAUGAUCUUCUUUCAGUUUUUUUUUUUUUAAGUGGUUCUCUACCACAAGGAAGCUUGACACAUCCUUACCAAGAACUUGUCAGGUUUCCUACUUUCUGCUGUGUUCCCGAUAUCUUUGUACUGUGAAGAACUGUGAGGUUCGCUACUGCAAGAUAGAACUGUAUCCCAGCCCAGCCGUUAGCCGGACAGGACAUUCCAGGCUAUUGCCAACUACCCCUAGCUGUCUUCCUGGACCUCCGCCAUUUACCCUGCCUGUUAUCCGUAUAACAAGCAGGUGGCUGGUGGGUGACUACUAGGUAUGAGCGAAGUGACAGGUGAGGAGUGUUUUCUGUCACCACGUUGCUCUUGUACCUUUGGUUGCUGUGCGUCGUGACUGGUGAGUAUGGAAGCCUGUGCAAUUGCCCACCAGUUCUCUCCUGGUCGCGCUUUGCACAGGCCCAAGCGGUUCCUCGGGAACUAAAGACCGAAGUUCCUAGGGAGCACAUAGAGCCCUGCUGUACCAGUUCCCAUGGCUCAGUUAGUUGCUGGGCAGGAUCUGUAGUCACAUGUGGCCGUGCCCAAAGCCAAGCUGAAGUGACUCCCUUCCAGCAGUUAGUUCUUCUGAGCCCUAACCAUCGAAUUAUUCCCAAUCCAGGCAACUUUGAUAGAUAACUCCUCUUCUUCCUGUGUUCACACCCACUCUCGGUAAAUCAAAGUUGCCCGGGUUGGGGCAGUUAGAAAAUGGUUGUGGCUCACAGGGCUUGCUAUACCUUUCCCUCUUUCUCCCCGGCUUCUUUCUCUUUGAAGCAGUUACAGCCCAGAGACAGAAAAACAAAACACACAGCAGGCUUUUUGUUUGCUCUCCCCUUGGUUGUGUGCAGGCUGGGAAAGGUACUGUAAAGUAGACUCCAAAUCUCUCACUGCCUGGACUGCUCUGCCCUUCUCAUAGCAACGUCUGAAAAUUUCAAGGGAGACCACCUCCACUGUUCCCUCCACGCUGCCAGAUGCUGUGUGUUUCUUAAGCUCUAGUUUGAGAAUCUGGGAGGAGAGAAAGAAGAGUCUCGAUGACAGACCCUCCUGCGCCUGCCCUGAGCAGUCUGUGGAGGAAUGUACCUAUCCCAACCCUUCUAAAGGACUGCAGUUCUUUUGUGGGCCUCUCAGAAAUGACCGGAGAGCAACAUCUUUGUUUUUUUGCCUGUCAGCUUCUGAAUUUUCUUCCUUGUUUCCAUCCUAACAAAGGAGGACGCAGGCUGUAGAGUGCAUUGUGGGCGGGAGACCCCAAUGCCUCUUCUCUGGGAUGUGGGGAUGGGAGGGGUCUGGAUUUGCAGGACCUGCUCCAGUGACUGCACCAGUGCUGGUGUGGUUCUUGCCAGGCUGUAGCCCUCAGCCAUUCCCUUAAGCUUCUCCAGAGCUCAGGGGGUCUGGAGACCUUCAGUGGAGGCUGGGAGUUUUAAGAGGAGGACUAGAGGGAAGAGCCUGUUGCAGAGUGAGUUCUUCUAGGUCUGCUGUGAUUGAUUGACAUAUGGAAGAAGCAAGGUUGGGUGCAGGGGUCCCUGAGGCACAUUCCAGUGCAAGGAGGGGGUGGUGGUGGUGAUCAAAUGGGUUGGGAUUUUAAAAGGGAUGCCUGGAGGAGUUUCCUAUAGUUUGUCCUAAUUUUCAACUCCACCAGUAGAUGUUAGUAAACAGAUGUUCGUCUGGGUGAGCCUUGUCUGUGGGAGAUCAAUGGUAUGUGCUCCUUAUUCCCUGUGCUUUUGCUCUAUUUUCCCUGUCAGCUCACUGGCAGGAUUGAUGUUUACAAGCCUGCCUUUUACUUAUCCUUGAGAACAAGUGCAAGCAUUUGAACUCCUGUCAUUUGCAGUCUGAAGACUUCCUGUGACUAUUCAUCACUAGGUGAACUUGCUCUGGUGUCUCUUCAUAUAUCUAGCUGUAGUCUUAGAAGUACAAUCCGCACAAUGUGAUCUCUGAAGUCUGAAGAUGUUUUUUGAAAACUGUUGCUCUGUCUUGUAAAAGUGGUUUCAAAAAGACAAAUGUAACUCGUCUUAUACUGAUAUUUCUUGCUGUAGUAACUAAUACUUGGCAUUCUGUUCUUAACCAGUGUGAGGACUAGAACUGCUAUCAACUUAAUAAGGAUCUUAGUCUUUCUGUCUUUCUCCUGUGUGCUCGAAGGAAAGAUAUGUUACUGUUAUGUUUCCCGUCUGCACCAAAAAUAAAUAAAUAAAUAAAUAAAGGUGAAUAAAAAGUUCUAU